AUGUUGCCUCUGCGGAGCGGGGGCCACCUGCGCGCGGUGCUGGCCCAGGCCCGGGGCGCGGAGCUCUGGGCCGCGCCCCGCAGGGCCUCGGGCGGCUUAAGCGGAGCGCGGGACUCCCCCGCCGCCGAAGCCGGCUGGCUGCGGGGCGAAGUGGACAGGUUCGGGGGCGUCUCGGUGCGCCUGGGCGCUCUGGACAGCCUGGACGCCGCCACCUUCCAGAGGGGCCUGCAUGCCGCAGUGCAGCAGUGGCGAGCGGAAGGCCGAGCGGCGGUCUGGCUGCACGUGCCCAUCCUGCAGAGCCGCUUCAUCGCCGCGGCCGCCGCCCUGGGCUUCGGCUUCCACCACGCGGAGGCGGGCGCGUCCACGCUGGCCCUGUGGCUGGGCCCGGGGCCCAGCAGACUCCCGGGAUAUGCCACACACCAAGUGGGCGUGGCGGGAGCUGUAUUUGAUGAAAGUACUAGAAAAAUAUUGGUUGUCCAAGAUCGAAAUAAAUUGAAAAACAUGUGGAAGUUCCCGGGAGGCCUUUCGGAGCCUGGGGAAGAUAUCGGAGACACAGCAGUUCGAGAAGUUUUUGAAGAAACCGGCAUACGAUCGGAAUUCAGGUCCCUCCUGAGCAUCCGGCAGCAGCACAGCCACCCCGGGGCUUUCGGGAAGUCGGACAUGUACAUCAUCUGCCGUCUGAAGCCCCGUUCCUUCUCCAUCACGCUGUGCCCGCACGAGUGCCUGCGGUGCGAGUGGAUGGACCUCGCCGAGCUGGCCACGGCCACCAACACCACGCCCGUCACCAGCAGGGCCGCGCGGCUGCUGCUGUACGGGCACCGGGAAGGCUUCGAGAAGAUUGACCUGACCAUGGAGCAGUUCCCAGCUGUGUACACGGGCUUGUUCUACAAACUCUACCACAGGGAACUGCCGGACAGUUACAAAACGAUGACGGGAGUGCAUUAA